GCCAUUUUCGUCGCUGCCGCGUUCGCGCCUUAUCUCCGCGCUUAAAGGGGCCGCGCCGCCUCUUUCCCUUUUUUUUAUUCUCUCCCGUUCUCCAAGCGCCUCCGCGCCGUCCGGGUGGGCCCGAGCCCCCCCCGCCAGUCGCCGCCAUGAGGGAGAUCGUGCACAUCCAGGCGGGCCAAUGCGGCAACCAGAUCGGCGCCAAGUUCUGGGAGGUGAUCAGCGACGAGCACGGCAUCGACCCCACGGGCACCUACCAUGGGGACAGCGACCUGCAGCUGGAUCGCAUCAGCGUGUACUACAACGAGGCCACAGGAGGUAAAUACGUGCCCAGGGCCAUCCUGGUAGAUCUGGAACCCGGCACCAUGGACUCCGUGCGCUCCGGACCCUUCGGACAAAUCUUCCGGCCCGACAACUUCGUGUUCGGCCAAAGCGGUGCCGGCAACAACUGGGCCAAAGGUCACUACACGGAGGGCGCCGAGCUGGUGGACUCGGUGCUGGACGUGGUGCGCAAGGAGGCCGAGAGCUGUGACUGCCUGCAGGGCUUCCAGCUCACCCACUCCCUGGGCGGCGGCACCGGCUCGGGCAUGGGCACGCUGCUGAUCUCCAAAAUCCGCGAGGAGUACCCCGACCGCAUCAUGAACACCUUCAGCGUGGUGCCGUCACCCAAGGUGUCGGACACGGUGGUGGAGCCGUACAACGCCACGCUGUCGGUCCACCAGCUGGUGGAGAACACGGACGAGACGUACUGCAUCGACAACGAGGCGCUCUACGACAUCUGCUUCCGCACCCUCAAGCUGACCACGCCCACCUACGGCGACCUCAACCACCUGGUGUCGGCCACCAUGAGCGGCGUCACCACCUGCCUGCGCUUCCCCGGGCAGCUCAACGCCGAUUUGAGGAAGUUGGCCGUCAACAUGGUGCCCUUCCCUCGGCUUCACUUCUUCAUGCCGGGCUUCGCGCCGCUGACGUCGCGGGGCAGCCAGCAGUACCGCGCGCUCACCGUGCCGGAGCUCACCCAGCAGGUGUUCGACGCCAAGAACAUGAUGGCCGCCUGCGACCCGCGGCACGGCCGCUACCUCACCGUGGCCGCCGUCUUCCGCGGCCGCAUGUCCAUGAAGGAGGUGGACGAGCAGAUGCUCAACGUGCAGAACAAGAACAGCUCCUACUUCGUGGAGUGGAUCCCCAACAACGUCAAGACGGCCGUGUGCGACAUCCCGCCGCGCGGCCUCAAGAUGGCCGUCACCUUCAUCGGCAACAGCACGGCCAUCCAGGAGCUCUUCAAGCGCAUCUCGGAGCAGUUCACGGCCAUGUUCCGGCGCAAGGCCUUCCUGCACUGGUACACGGGCGAGGGCAUGGACGAGAUGGAGUUCACCGAGGCCGAGAGCAACAUGAACGACCUCGUGUCCGAGUACCAGCAGUACCAGGACGCCACGGCCGAGGAGGAGGAGGAUUUCGGCGAGGAGGCCGAAGAGGAGGCCUGA